AUGAAUAAAGAAUCUGGUCGUUUUGAUCUUCAAACUUUGCCCCAAAGCACAAGUCAAUCAUAUAAUGCAUUCAUUUGGCAACAACAAAAUCGAAGGCAGGCGGAUAGGAGAUAUCGAAAUGAAACUGUAAGUAUUGAUCGUCGUAAAAGAAUAAAUGAUCGUAUGUUAUCUACAAAUAAUACUUCUAAAGUUGAUUCUGUGCAUGAAUAUAUAAUACAUUCUAAGGCAUCUACUUCGAAUGAAGAAAUCAUAAAUACUUUUGAUUCUGAAUUACAUGGAAGUUCUAAUUUGUUAAGUGUACCAGCAACUGCAUAUGUAUUACCAACUUGUGCUUAUUGUAAGCAUUGUGGUGCACACAAAUUGUAUAGAGAGACUAAAGGUUUUUGUUGUUCUAAUGGAAAGGUGAAACUUUUUAUGCUUGAUUCAUCGGAUGAAUUGUAUACUUUAUUUACGUCUAAAGAGCCUGUAUCUAUUGAAUUUAAAAAAUAUGCACGUUCAUAUAAUAACCACUUUGUGUUCACUUCAUUUGGUGUAAAGUACGAUAAAGAACAGUUUAAAGCAUACAAAUGUAUCUACAUAUUUAGAAUUCAGGGACAAGUGUAUCAUUAUGUAAAUCAACUUAUGCCGGAUAAUAAUACACCUUGUUAUAUCCAAUUAUAUUUUUAUGAUACAGUUAAUGAACUAGAAAACCGUAUGAAAACUUCAGAACACCUGGUAGAAUCUAUUUUAUUUCUUCUAAUUGAAAUCUUGAAGGUAAAUCCGUAUAGUAAAUUUUUUAGGUCUUUAAGCAAUAGAACUGAUUUACAUGAGCAUAAAAUUCAAAUAAGAUGCCAUGUAGGACUCGAUCAGAGAGUCUUUAAUACUCUGUCGACAUCUCAAGUAGCUGCUAUAUGGGUUGAGGAUGAUAAAAAUACAAAUAUUCGCGUUCGUGAUAUUACUAUAUAUGGUCAUUCUGGUGAUUCGCAUAGGGUUCAUUAUUAUUAUGGUUGUUAUGAUCCUCUACAAUAUCCUUUGCUCUUUCCUUUGGGUGAAUGUGGUUGGCAUGAAGUCAUUCUAAGAUACGAACAAAAAUCUUCUCAUAUUGCACAGUUUGUGGACAAUAUCGUUGAUCCUAAUGUUUGCUUAUAUAGUUUCUUGUGUCUAUUAUACUUCUACAAAUGUGAUAUUGAAAGUAAAUAUAAAAUUUUAUUCAUUCUCGCUUAUGUAGUGCUGAAGGAUACGAGGAAGAAACGGUCCCAGGUAUCAUGUCGUGAGUACUAUUCGUAUAAGUUACAAAUUAGGCCUUCUGAUAAGUCUGUGUUGCUUCACCCUGGUAGACUUUUUCAACAAUAUGUUGUGGAUAUGUAUGUUAAAAUAGAGACAUCUAGAUUAGAUUAUUUUCGUAGUAAUCAGAAACAAAUUCGUGCUGAACUUUAUCAAGGUAUCGUAGACAGUAUACAUAAUGGAGAAACGAGAGGGUACAAAAUUGGAAAGAAAUUUGUUUUACCACAAUCCUUUACAUGUGGACCUAGAGAUAUGCUAAGGAGGUAUUUAGAUGCUAUAGCUCUUGUCCAACGUUAUGGAAAAUCAGAUUUGUUUAUAACUAUAACAUGUAAUCCAAAUUGGCCAGAAAUUAAGCAAGAAUUAAAACAUAAUGAUGAGGUUCAAAAUCGACCUGAUCUUAUUGUACGUGUAUUUAGAGCAAAAUUAGAAGAACUUAAAAAUGAUUUAUACAAGAGAUAUAUUUUUGGUACUAUUAUAGCUCAUAUAUACGUGAUUGAAUUUCAAAAAAGAUGUCUCCCUCAUUCACAUCUAUUGUUGAUUUUUAACUGUAGUCAUAAAAUUUCUUCCACUAAACAAGUUGAUAAAAUAGUAUCUUGUGAAAUUCUUGAUAAAAAUAUACAUCCUUAUCUUCAUUCAGUUAUUGUAAAGCACAAUAUGCAUGGUCCUUGUGGAAAUCUAAAUCCUAAAAACAUAUGCAUCGAGAAAAAUAGUUGUAAAAAUAAAUAUCCAAAGGAUUAUUGUAAUAGUACUAUAUUUGGAGAUAAUUCGUACCCACUGUAUAGGCGGCGUGAUAAUGGUAUUUAUGUUAGAGUGAGAAGUAAAAUGUUAGACAAUCAAUGGGUUGUGCCAUAUAAUCCUUAUUUAAGUGCAAAAUUCGACUACAAGUUAUCUUCUGUUAUUGAGAAUGAAAAUACGAGAAAAACUAUGUUAACUGAGUUUUUUCGAGUAAAUAAAAUAAAUGAAUUUGCUCGAACGCUUUUGUAUCGAGAUUUCUCAACGCAUUUUGUUUGGAAUGCAUCUAACAAAACAUGGACACCUAGAAAGAAGCAAAUUUUUGUGGGAAGAAUUGUCUCGGUAAAUCCAUCUGAAGGAGAACGAUAUUUUCUUCAUCUUCUUCUUAAUCAUAUUAGAGGUCCAAUAUCGUUUGAUGAUCUAAGGACUUUCAAUGGGGCAGAUUUUGGUACAUUUCGUGAAGCUGCGCUUCUCUAUGGUUUAUUAAAUGGAGAUACUCGUUAUCAAGAAUGUUUAUCUGAAGAUAUUAUUUACGAAAUGCCUCAUUCUUUAAGACGUCUUUUUUCUACGCUUCUUACAAUGUGUAAUCCAAAUAAUCCUAAAUUACUGUGGAAUAAAUUUAAGCCUUAUAUGAGAGAUGAUUAUGUAAAUGAAAAUAUGCUCGUUGAAGUUGUCGAGGUACGAGCUUUAGAGGAUAUAAGUUCUAUUUGA